AUGCGAUCGAAAGGAAAAAUCGACUAUGGUGAUAAAGUUAUAAUAGAAAAGGGAGAUAAAUUUAAGUAUAUAACCAUAAGAAAAGGGAGGAAGGCGUGCAUAGACAGGCUUAAUUUUUAUUUAGACAACGCCGUUGGCUGUUAUUACAACACCACGUUUGAUGUCCGAAAUGAUCAUCUUUAUAAGCUUCAUUACGAAGAAAUUUCAUCAUCCACUAGCAAACCCGCUGUAAUAGAAGGUAUAGAUAAUAGCACAUUAGCAGAUGAUCCAAGCUCACAAAAGCUAUCACGUAGCCAAAUCGAAGACUAUAAGAAAAGUGGUGUGAUAGGAAUGGACCUUGUUGAGAAGCUAGUGAAGAAUAGUGCUACCUUUGAUGCAAAAACUGAAUUUUCUAAAGUAAAGUACAUUAAAAAGAAACUUAAAAAUCAUUUACGUUACGAUACAUUGGCACAGCUCCUAACUAUGGCAGACGUUAAAGCGAAAUCUAAGUUAGUAAUUGCUGAAUCAUGUCAGGGCUUGGUAACGGCUGCUGUUAUGGAAAGAAUGGGAGGUGAAGGUGUUAUCAUUCAGGUACAUGCCGGUGAUGUUCCGACAGUUGGAUAUUCCAUUACAAAUUGUAAUUUUCCACAAGCAUAUAUGGAUAUGAUCUUAUAUCUAUCGCUACGUAAAGUUAACAGCCAAGAAUCUGAUAAUAUGACGGGUUUAUCAAGUAAGCCAGCUGAUAGUGAUAAUGAAAAGCAGGAUGCGAUAGAAAAAAAAUUAGCAAUGUCGACAGAUCCUGCUAAUGAUACAGACUCUAAACAAUUUUCGCUUGAUAAAAAUCAACGAAUUCGUAUGGAGUUAGAAGCUAAGAAACACCUAUCAACUCAUGAUUUGGACGGGCUAAUCAUAGCUACAAAAUUCGAUCCUUUGCCAAUUCUAAAGUCCUUGAUAAAAUAUAUUGCCCCGUCACGACCAUUUAUCAUAUAUUGCUUUUUAAAGGAGCCUCUAGCAGAAUGUUACGUCUACUUGCAAGAGCAGCAGCUAGCAGUAAAUAUUCAGCUAACAGAAACAUGGUUGCGAGAGUAUCAGGUUUUGCCGGAUCGAACUCAUCCUUUAACUAUGAUGAGUGGUACUGGCGGUUACUUAUUAAGUGGAAUUAAGAUUGAUUCUGAUUGUGAUAAAAAAGACGUCAUAAACAAUGAGAAUGUCAAAGAUAGUACAAAUAUGGAUAACGAAGGAAAGGCAGAUUUAAAUAUAGUACACAGUGAUACUAAAAGUAAAGAUAAUUAUAGUAUUGAGAGUAAUGCACUUCGGAAUAAAAGAGAACUAACUGAAACAGACAAUGUUGAAAUGGAGGCCAAAAAGAUAAAAACAACCAGUAAAGAUUAA